GAGUAGAUUCAGAGUCAAUCUGUCCACCAGCAACACGUUGUCCAACUUUAACUCUCCAUAUGCCCCUUGUAACACCAUAUCUCCUUCCCCUUUCACUGGAAGCUGCCCUUCAUCUCCCAGCAGCACAUAUGGGACCAUAGAAGCUCUGAAAUCUUGCAGCCAACCUUCUUGAUUGGUCAUGUGUUGGGUACAUCCACUGUCCAUGUACCAUUCCUGUCCCUUCAGCCCUGUUGCUAGCAGGCACGCUCCAGAAGCACGUGCAACAUUGGCCUUGUGUGCACCUCCAAGAAUCACAUCUUCAUCGCCGUUGUUCGCCUCUACAAUGUUGGCUUUUGCAGGUUUGUCGCUGCUGGAAUUUUCAGCCAUGGCAUCCUUGCGUUCAUCGUCCGCUCGGAUCAGCUCCAACUGCUGCAAGUCGUCCAAGAGGUGGAGGACCAUCUUCCUCCGUUGCUGCCGAAGGGUGGUAGAGAUGCCACAGCCCCACCUCCCUUGCGCGCCUCAUGAACUUCAGCCUCCAAGUGCCGUAGUUCACUCCAUUGAAGCGUUGCGCUUCACUCAGGCCAAUCGUCGGUUUGGCCACCACAUGCCCUUGAGCAAGAGCAUCCAGGAGACUCUGCAUUUGAGAGCUGCCAGGGUUCACGGAUGACCCUGAACUAGCCUCAGCAUCUCCAUUCCCCAUGGCUCCAACUCCCCCUUUGCCUCUACAAGGCACUUAGGACUUCCACAGCUCCAACGCCCUUAUAGUGAGGCGUAAUGUGACUAUAACGAGGCUCUGAUACCAGCUAUAGGUUCGCAAGCGCCUCCGGCUGACGUUGGAGAGACUGAGUUGACGUAG